AUGCGUAAGGACGGUACUCCUACUACAAAAUGUUUGAAUCCUACCCAUAAUAGUUAUCAAAUACAACAGAGAAAUGAUUCUAGUCAUCGCAGACGUCGUUCUUCAUUCUCGUCGUCAUCUACACAGCAUCCAUCUUCAGCUUCUCCUCCAAAGCAAAGACGUUUGAUGUUUACCUCAUUCGUAAACCGUUUUCAUCAUAAAUCAAUCACUCGAAAACAGAGCAAAAAUAUGAAAAAGGAGAAACGAUCAUUACACUGUUUACCAACUGAAUUGGCAAUCAAGAUAAUUAUGUUCUUGGAUUAUUAUAGUAUCCUUCAUUUAGGACAAACGUGUAAGCAGUUUUAUCAAUUUUGUUAUCGGGAUCAUCACCUUCUUUGGCAGUUUUUGUUCCAUCAAGAUUAUACUACUAUAGUCAAUAAGUCAUUCGUAUCAUCCAUCUUCUUAAAGGAACUCUCUUAUUUUCAAUUAUAUAAAAAUCAUCAUCAACUUAGUCUUCGAUGGAGACAUGGUCAAGUUCAUACUCGGUAUUUAAUAGGUCAUGAAGAUAGUGUCUAUUGUUUAGUUUGGCUAGACUCUAAUCGAAUUAUCAGUGGCAGUCGAGAUCGAUCUAUUAAAGUAUGGGAUCUAUCGAUACAGGAGCGUCCCCGAGAAAUGAAAAAUAAAAAGGGAGGAGGAGAAGAGAAGUCAUGUUUGGUGUUGACUAAAACUGAACAUGAGGGGAGUGUUCUUUGUUUACGUGUUUCAAGUGAUAUGACAUUUAUGGUCUCUGGUUCCUCUGAUGCUACCUGUUUAAUAUGGUCCUUACCUAAUUUUGAACCUCAGACGAGACUUGAGGGACAUUUAGGUGGCGUUUUAGAUAUCGCUAUCAUCAAGGACAAGUACAUCGUUAGUUCUUCAAGGGAUGCAACCAUACGUAUUUGGGAUAAGGAACAACAAGGGAUUGAAUUAAGACGAUUAACAGGACACGCUGGACCUGUGAAUGCCCUUGGAUCCCAUGAGGGCUUUGUUGUAUCUGCCUCUGGGGAUACUACCUUAAAAUUAUGGGAUGUAGAGACAGGGGCUUGUUUAAGAACAUUUGUUGGACAUACCAGAGGAUUAGCUUGUGUCAAAUUUGAUGGUCAAUUUAUUUAUAGUGGUGGCCAAGAUAAUAAAUUAAAGAUUUGGGAUGUUCGUUCUGGACAAUGUGUAUCAACACUUGAAGGACAUUCAGACUUGAUACGUACUAUAGACAGUUUUGAGGUAAAUAAAAUGGUAUACUCUAUUUAUCUAAAUAGAUGGACAUUCAAUGCUGGUCAAGAUAAAAGAAUUAUGGUUUUAGACUUUGGAUAUGAUCUUAUAACAAUAGAUUAA